AUGGCCAAUCGAUACUCUACCUAUUCGAACGGUUCCUCACAACCGGCGGCAGUUCGCUCGGCGGCCCAACAAUCAACACAAGUCUCAACUACCACCCUCCUCAAUGCUCUCCACACAGUCUACGCCUCCGGCCAGACUUACCAACUCGACUCGAGCACGAGUAUCGCAGCCAACACUUGGCUGACCGCGAUCAACCCGGACGCGCACGGUCGAGUGGGUGGCACGGUAGAUGCCGACAUUGCUUCAAGAGCAUGGGAGCAUGCCAGAAGAAGAGCAGAGGAUGCUUGUGUGAUUCUGGCAUCUCUUCAUCCCUCCACGCCGUCGGUGUUUCAGACGUUCCUGCAAGUCGUUCCUUUACCGACACCCUCUAUCGUAAACACUGCCCUGUCAGCAUUGCGACCCUUCCUUUGUUGCGCCACGCCAAUCAACCCGACUACACAUCGACUUUCGUCCUUUAGCGCCAGGUAUACAGUCACACUUUCGGGGACCGUUACCGGUUUCAAUCUUGCCUUGUCCGGCUCCGGCAUCGAUGUAGAAAAGGGUUUACUCAGGAUCCCGUCUCAACCGGGCAACCGGGCUUUCGAUGUUUUCUACUACCUUUUAACGUCUGCUUCUACGCCUGCUGAACGCGAAUUCCUCAGUUUGCAGCAUCCAUCAAAAUAUGCACUUCUGAAUAGGUCGGGUACAUAUGAGCCUCCAACCUAUCUCCCUGCCGCAGACGAUACUGCAGCAGCCGAAGAUUUCCGCGUGGCGCUCAAGGCCAUCGGCAUCAAAGGAGCCUCCUUCCGAGGAUUACUCUCCUGUCUUGCUGGGCUGCUCAAAUUAGGGGAAACAGUGGGUUUCCUCGUUGAUUCGGACAUUCUUGAAGACGUGUGUGAAGAUGUCGGGGCGCUCGUUGGCCUGGAACCUGAGGUUCUCCUCAAGAAAUGCACCACCGACGACCGGGAGGUAUUGAUUGCGGGAAUGUACGAAGCAUUAGUCGACUGGGUGAUAUCCAAAGCCAACGACGCAAUUGCCGCCGAGUUGCGAGCAGGGGCUCUCACACCCGACUCGAGCACCCAGGAUGGAGACGAGGUUAGCUUCACGGUCGUUGAGAUUUAUGACGAAACUCUCGGCAAGGCGGUGACGAUGCGCAAUGUUUUCGAUGACACUUUCGGCAUCAACGCGGAAAUGAAGGAUGACGGUAUUGAGGUGGUACCCGCUGGCCACUCGGUGCUCAAAGAAAUGCAAGCGGCCGUCGCACAGGCGGAGGCUGAUUUGGGCAUCAAAGGCACCCCGCUCAGUCGUGAAAGAGAGCAUGACCGCGACAGGCGAGAAGCUAUCUUGGAGAGGAUUGGGGCUGAAGCCGAGGAUGGCGGAUUCUUGCAUACACUUCUCUACCCUGUUGAUGGAGAAGGCCUGAAUUUUGGUCGAAGGGGACGGUUUGACCUCGGCGCCACCGUCGCUAGCAGCAGGGCCUGGUACCAACUCUCUAUUCAUCCUACGGAUGAGAGCCCAAGUGCUCUAGCCGCUCUUCCCUCGCCGACCUCUGCGUGGUCGGCAGGAGCCGUCUCCCGACAGUUACGGGCAUGGAGAUUGCCGGAAUGGGCCAACCACCGUAACCGACAUCUCGACUUCACUGCCGAUUUCGACUUUGAAGAGUUUGUGACGAGAUAUUCCAGACUAGGCUGCAAAGACGGCAAAGACGGCAUCGAAACCUUCUUGCUUGAACGUGGCUGGACAAAUGGUGAAGUUGUCAUCGGCCGCGAGCGUGUCUGGAUGCGUGAGUCUGCAUGGUGGGAAGCCGAGUCAAUGCUUGACAUGAAGCCUGUCGCAGGCGGCUAUCAAGACGAUCCCGCUUUUGGCCAGCCACUGAAUCCCUUUGCCUCUGGCUACUCGGCCAACAUGCCGCACAAUGGCAGCGGCUUCUUCCCUCCGGUCGGCGACAAUAUGAGCCUUCAAGACAGCCGAGAAAAUCUCCUUGCACAAGCGACCACUGAGCGGGCCAAAUCACUGGCACCAACAAUGGCUAAAACGGUCCAAUCAAUCGGCGGUGACUAUGGACUUGGUCCCAAAGGAGACUCACAUAAAGACCACGUAUACUACGAUGCGGAUCUGGGAGUAUAUACCGGGGAGCUCGACCCUGAGUUCGGAGACCCUCGUAACGUCGAGUCCAAACCCACCUCGGCCGGGCGACAAGCCUGGGUGUCUGUCGUCUGGGCCUUGACCUGGUGGAUCCCGUCCAUCAUGUUGAGGUACAUUGGUGGCAUGAAGCGGCCAGAUGUACGCAUGGCUUGGCGGGAGAAGGUGGUUUUGGUCUUCAUUAUAUUCUUGAUCAAUGGUAUAAUCGUGUUCUACUUCGUCGAAUUUGGGAGAUUACUGUGUCCCAACUUUGACAAGGCAUGGAACGCCAAAGAGGUGGGCUACCACACGGGGACGAACGACGUGUAUGUCAGCAUCCACGGCAAGGUCUACGACAUUACCAAAUUCUACCGGUUGCAACACAGUGACACCAGCAUCGAAACCAACGCGGAAAACAUGCUGCCUCUCGCAGGUCAGAAUCUUGACGCGUACUUUCCGCCGCCGUUGAGCCGCGCUUGUCCCGGCCUUGAUAUUGACGAAAGUGUCACAUUGCAGCAUAACAAUACGGAUGCAGUCCAGUACCCUAAUGCGGUUCACACCUCUGGUGAACGUCUUCAAACAAAUACCAAGUCUGCGCUGCACAGCUGGAACUGGUACAGCGACAGGUUUUUGCCCAAGAUCAAGGAAUACUACAAGGGCGACCUCGUGGUUUCGAAACACAGCUUAAAGCAACAAGCCGAAAAUAGCCAGCGGAUGUGGGUGGUCAUUCACAAGAAGAUCUAUGAUUUCACCGACUAUUUCUACACCUUGGACCAGAUGAACAACUACGCCACGUAUAAGUUCUUCCCCGACGAAGUGACGGAUCUUGUUUCCAGCAACCCCGGUCUCGACAUCACGGAUAAAUGGGGGACCAGUGCCUCCUUUCAAACGAGCCUCAACUGUAUGGACAAUGCUUUCUAUGUUGGCAAAGUUGACUUCCGCGACGAGCCCAAGUGUCAGGUCAACAAUUACAUGAUGUUGGCAUUUAGCAUUGUUCUUUGCUCGGUUAUCUUGGUCAAAUUCUUAGCAGCCUUGCAAUUAGGAUCCAAGCGCCGGCCGGCUCCCCAAGACAAGUUCGUGAUCUGUCAGGUGCCCGCGUACACUGAAGGUGAAGACCAUCUUAGGAAGUCACUCGACUCGCUCACGGCUCUACAAUACGACAACAAGCGGAAGCUGAUUUGCGUUAUCUGCGAUGGCAUGAUUGUCGGAGGCGGCAAUGACAGGCCAACACCCAAGAUUGUCCUUGACAUCCUCGGAGUUGAUCCGAAGAUUGACCCGCCCGCCCUCCCCUUCAGAUCGGUGGGCAACGGAAAUGAGCAGCUAAAUUAUGGAAAAGUCUACUCUGGCUUAUAUGAGUACGAGGGUAAUGUCGUGCCCUACAUUGUUAUUGUCAAAGUCGGCAAAGAAUCCGAGCAGUCCAAGUCGAAGCCGGGAAAUCGUGGCAAGCGAGACUCUCAAGUUUUGCUCAUGCAGUUCCUGAAUCGCGUGCACCACCGAUCUCCUAUGUCGCCUCUGGAGUUGGAAAUGUUUCACCAAAUCAACAACAUCAUCGGCGUGGACCCCGAGUUGUACGAGUAUCUUCUCAUGGUAGAUGCAGACACUAUGGUCAAGGAAGACUCUCUGAAUCGGCUGGUCGCUGCAUGCGCCAAUGAUGCCAAAAUUGCCGGAAUCUGCGGUGAAACCAGUUUGGAGAACGAAGAACGCAGUUGGUGGACUAUGAUCCAAGUCUACGAGUACUACAUUUCCCAUCAUCUUUCCAAGGCUUUCGAAUCGCUCUUUGGCAGCGUCACCUGUUUGCCAGGCUGUUUCUGCAUGUACCGUUUGCGCACGGCAGACAAGGGACGUCCUUUGAUCAUUUCCGACAAGGUCAUACAGGAGUAUUCGGACUGCGAUGUCGACACGCUGCAUAAAAAGAACUUGUUGUCGCUCGGUGAGGAUCGAUACCUCACGACUCUGAUGACGAAGCAUUUCCCGGCCAUGUCGUACAAGUUCAUCCCCGAUGCCUACGCUCUGACUGCCGCCCCAGAAACCUGGUCGGUCCUGCUUUCGCAGAGACGACGAUGGAUUAACUCGACCAUCCACAACCUUGCCGAGCUCGUAUGGCUCAAGGAUCUGUGUGGAUUCUGUUGUUUCUCCAUGAGAUUUGUGGUCUUUGUCGACCUGUUCGGAACCAUCGUCCUGCCUGCUACGUGUAUCUACAUGGUCUACCUGAUCUAUCGGCUGGCUUCGAACACCGGACAAUUUCCUCUGAUAUCGAUCGUGAUGAUUGCGGCUGUCUACGGUUUGCAAGCCAUCAUAUUCAUCAUCAAGAGACAGUGGCAGCAUGUGGGCUGGAUGAUCAUCUACAUCCUGGCAUACCCUAUUUACAGUUUUGUCCUGCCUAUCUACUCAUUCUGGAAUCAGGACAACUUCUCAUGGGGUAACACGAGGAUCGUCAUUGGUGAGAAAGGCGACAAGAAAGUGGUUGCGAUCCAAGAUGAGGGCUUCGACCCCAGGUCCAUCCCGCUCCAAAGAUGGGACGACUACGCCGCUGUCAACAAUCUUCCUGGCCGACGUGGCAACCCGGGCGCCUACCCGGAAAAAGGAGGGUUCGAUGUGAACUAUACGGAUGACCCAGCAGGAAUGGGUGGCAUGAUGGAAAUGGACGACAUGCACUCGACAUACUCAUCCGUCAAACCAUCCAGCACUAUCCUGACGGGCUUUGGCAAGCAACAGCACCCCUACAUGGCACCCCCACGCUCUCCUGCCCCGUUCGGCAACAUGAACAACCGGGCCAGCACCAUGACUGGCCUCACGCAGUUCCGUGAUCAGCCCGUGAGCUUGCAUGGCCGGAACAUGAGCAUGAUGAGUCUCGGAAGCCAGGCCCGUCUGGCAUCGCCGUCGCCAGGUCCUUACCAGGAUCAGCCUCGCAGCCCUUACCAGAGCGGCUUCAAUGGGAUGCAGCAUUCUGUCAGCAGACCAAGCUUGUUAGGUAUGGGCACCAGCCGCCCUGCGUCGACGAUUAUGGAUUUCCGCACUGUCCCGUCUGCCGGGCCGAGCGACCACGAUAUCAUCGAGGCCAUUCGUACGGUCUUGAGCGAAGUCGAUCUGGACACAGUUACGAAGAAGCAAGUCCGCGCCCUGGUGGAGCAACGACUACAAUGUGAGAUUCCGGCCGGUGAGAGGAGGCAGUUCUUGGAUAAGGCUAUUGAUGGGGAGUUGGCGAACAUGUAG